AGAGUGAGAGAACGAGAUUGAUUUGUAAUCGAUUUGUCGGAACUGGUGUCGAAAAUAAACACACACAAAUCGAAUGCUAUGGUGGUCCGGGAUAUUUUAAUAUAACAAAAAUCAACAUAUCAAAAUAAAAAAAAAUACAUAAAUUCCAACCACAGACAUAAGGCACAGCAGAGGGAGUGGGAAAGAGAGAGACUCUCAAAACACAACGACCCACCAACGGCCCACCAACAUCUAUUAAUUAAUUAGAAACGGCAAUCCAACGAGGACACGGCCGCAAAAAGAAAGGAAAAAGGAAAAUAGGAAACUAAAAAGGACAUAGAGGAGAGAAGGAGGAGAAUAAGGUCUAGUCCAGCCGAGAAGAUGGACCAGCGUAAUCUAACACUGCCACCGCCAGACGCAACAACAAUUAUGUCCUCGUCAUCAGCCAUAGCCAUGGCUAUGGCAAGCGUCGCAACAACAGUGGCGGCACCAACAACAUCAGGCAUAGCAACAACAACAGCAACUACAACGCCCGCAACAUUUUUUACAUACAGCAUACCAGGCAUGGACAUUUCUCCGGGGCCAUUUAUAUUCACCUACGUUAGUGAAUUUUUAUCGCUUAUCACGCCCGAGGAGAUGCCGCUGGAAUCCAUCCGUGAUGUGCUACACAAUAAUGUUAGUCUCAUAGACUUUGCCUCCAAUGCAAUUAAAAUUGAAUCGGGUUUCUUAGCCCUAAUGAGUAUCUUUGCCAUUUUGGCUCUGGUUCCCCUUAUUGCCACCUGUGCCUGGUGCUGUGGUCGUCGCUCCACUCAAGAUGAAAUCGAUCGAAUACGGAAGGCACCUGUGCACAUACGCGAUGAGUCACUGGAAGAGAAUCUACAGUGCCGUAAAAGUGCCGGCUUGGUCACACUCUGGAUAAUCUUUGUCUUGCUCACGUUGAGCGACUUUAGCAUAUUUUAUGCCAACAGUCGACUAUCCGCAGGCAUUGAGAUGUCACCCGAGAUGGUCAAAUCGGCUGUUCAUGAUGUGGAGGUCUUUCUGAAGGAUACCCAUUUACAAAUCAAACACAAACUGGAUAAUGGCUUUCAUGUAUCCGUGGAAAGAGUCGUCAAAGAUUUGGAAGACGUGGAUGUUCUCCUUGGCGAACCAAUUCAAGCGGAAAUAUCUGCACACACUGGCCUCGAGCUAGCAUAUGAUUCAUUGACAACACUCAGCCUGGCGAACGCGGAGCUCAUCUAUCGCGUCCUCAUGCUUCAGGAAACAGUCGGCCGUGCUCUAAAGCUCUCGCAGGAGGCAGCGGCACGCAUGGAGGAGCUGCAAAUACAGUUAUCCGUGCUGCAGCGCCAAUGCACUUACCGGGAUCGUCCGCUUUGCGAUACAUUGCGUAUACGCAGUUUCGAGGAGAAUGGGGUCGUCGAUGCCCUCAAGACGCUGCAAGAGGACCAGAGCAUCUUUCGUAUGCGCUACUUGGGUGAAAUUGAAUUUGGUGCAACUGUCAAAAAUCUGACAUCGGAAGUUGGCGUGUCACGUUCCAUUUUCAGCAAUUUCCCGCAGCAAGUUAAACAUGACACGGCAUAUGAGCGAAACUAUACACUGGAACAAUUGGCCAGCAUAAGACAUCGGACAACAGCUAAUGCCCAAUUGUUGACUUCGACUAUAAAUGCUCUACUUCAGCGUCUAGAGCGAACUUGGCCAAAUCUUCAGCCCUUGUACAAUGAUCUCAAGGAUUGGGCCGAUGCAUAUUGGAGCAUUGGUUGGAUAGCCGGUUUGGUCAUAGUCUGGGUGAUACUCUUUAUGCUUAUGUCGUAUUGUUGCUUUCUCUGUGAAUCAAAUACCAAAUCGGGAGUAGUCUUUUUCGUAGCCGUAAUGAUUAUAUGCCUGGCCAGCAUUUGUCUAACCGUCUAUGGUAUAAUAUCCUUGGCUAUUGGUGGCAAUACGGAAGUAUUCCUUUGUCGUUCACUUUAUGGUGAAAGCAACUAUGAUAUGUUGGGUAAGCUAUUCGAUAAACCGGGAUAUGUGUACGAAAGGGAACCGCAAACUGGAAUCAUUGGUGAGCUACUGCGUCCGGCUGGCGUUAAUCGCUCUGUGGUCAAUGUUAGUUUGGACAAAGCUCUCAGAGGCUGCGAACAAAAUCAAGCAUCGUACAAUGUCUUUCAAUUGGAUGCAUUCGUUAAUACCACGAAAAUAGCCGAUUUGAAACAAUUUCCAAAAGUAUCAACUGCCAUCGAUGCCAUAUCCGUAUCCGAACGUACCAUGCUCUCUCUAACCCAAUCAAUACAGAAUAUAUUGGAGAAUAUGCUGCAAACAUCGACAUUCAAUUUAACAACAUAUCGUAGCAGUGUGGGUGCACCUACACCCGAAAAGGAUUUGGCUACAUUCAUUGAUCAAAUGCAACGGGUGGCCUUACAGAUACAAGAUGUCGCAACAUCGUCGCGCAUGACCACCCUGGGGAGUCGUUCAAAACGUUUACAGGCAUCCAUACUGCAGCCAUUGGAAAAUUUACAGAAUGAAAUACUUUAUCAUUUGACGGCAUUGGAAUUGCAAAGGGAUCCCUGGGCCAAGCAAGUCAAUCAGACACUUAACCAUUUGAAGAGCAUUCAGGGCUAUCUCGAGAAUAAGGCUGGUGAGAUAUGUCACAAUAUGACGCGUGCCUACACAGAGCGCCUCAAAGCCUAUUUGACCAGUAGCCGCGCCACUAUGGAAUCACAACUGGGUGAUACAACCACCAAAUGUCGUCCUUUCUAUGAUACUUUUGAUGCUAGUCGCACAUUCUUAUGUCGCAAUAUGGUCGACUUUAUCAAUGGGCUGACAUUCUGCAUAUUUUUAACACUCUUACUUUGGGCAAUUGGCACGCCGGUUGGUCUAAAUUUGAUUACCAUACAAACGCGUUUAAAUGUCAUGCAAGAGGCCGAAUCGCGUAAGAGGCAUCGUAGAUCAGACCAAAGUCGUGGCCGUGAAAGGGAUCAGGAGAGUGGUCGAGGCCGUAAGAAGCAGCGCAGCACAAGCAGUGCGAAGAGCAAGAGCAAGAGCAGCGCAUCACGAGAUCGUAGCUCAAGUAGCACGGCUAGAGCAAAGCCAAGGCCACCACUACGACGCACUGCCACAGAAGAGACUCUGGACUUAGCUGAUGAGGACUCUACACCAUCGCGACAGCACCACGAACCACAACAGGAGCAGAGGCGCCCAGAGCCGGAGCGUGAACGUAGUCGAGAGCGGGAGCUAAGUCGUGGCAGGGAAAUGACAAACAUUGGAACACCUGUGCGUAGUCGCAGCCGCCAGCAACAGCUGCGCAACGAGCCCGUGGAUGACAAUUGGGGUGGUAAUUCAUCCAGUGGCCCAAGUAGAGCCAACUCCAAUGAGCGCGAACGUGAGAGUCAGUCUAGAAAGGUUCUCAACAUUUGGCAAUCGCGCAAUAAAUACAAGCCACCGCUUCGCAAGCAGGGAACUGAGGAAUAUGAUUUUCAAGAUGACCAAGCCCCCGAUAAUGAGCAGGAUAGUGGGUGGCGUGCCCAGAAUAACUCAGCCAGCCAAUCAGUUAGUCCAGAGCCUACCACACGACAUUGGCAGGCCCCGGCAGAGAAUCAGUUCAAUCUUCGUACUAAGCAAAAGUCUCGUAGUACCAAUACGGAAAGAGGAGAAAUUAUUCGUCGCCCUGUAACGCCCGUAUUGAAGGUGAAUCCCGAUAUACCGGCUGCUGUGCCCAUGCCUCGAACGCCGAUGCGUUUGAGGAGUAAAGUGUCGCUAACUGCUCGCGCCGUACAGGAUAUUGUGAACAAAAGGAGUCAGCGACUCCAACGAACUGGUACCGAUGAGUUUGAUUUGGAUGAGAGUGACACGUAUGGUACUGGCGGACAUCUAGAUGCCGAUGUUGCGGCGGCACGUCGGACACCGCCACGCAAUGCACCUCCGCCUCCGCCUCCUCCAGCGGCCGGCUUAAACAGCAGAUACAACAGUAGCGAACGCACUGUACGAUGGAAUGAAGCUAAUGAUGAUGAAGAGGAUUUUCAUUUUGAGGAUGUCGACUCACCGAAUCCCAUGUACUUGAGCCAUAAUCUCCAUUGAAAAAAAAAUCGAAAUAAUUUCCUAAAAUAAAUUUAAUGUCUUUGUUUUGUAUGCAAUCAUAAAAAAUUUAGUCCAAAUAGUCCUUUGAAAUUACAACAAAUGUAAUUAUGAAAUAAAAUACAUUUUUAAAUGUAAA